AUGGAAAGGAAACCAGAAAAGAAAAAAUAUUCGGGGUGGGAGAGGAAGAGAUUGAAAGAAAUUUCUGAUCGCCAACAAUCGUCAUUAAAAUGUGUCAAACUGGAUACAUAUUUUUCAAGCUGUACGCCUUUAACUGCUACAACAAUACAACCAGAGGUUGUUGUGUCUCAAGAUACCCAAAUACAAAAUGUACAAGCAACAACAUCUUCUCAGAUGCAGAAUCAAGGCUUCGAGACUCAAGACAAUAAGGGAUUGGCGUUUAGGGGCCAUCGUGAAUCCCAAGGUUUAGGAGAAGCUAUAUUAAAUGAAGGCAACUUUUUGGAACUUAUUAAACUCAUUUCUAAGAAAGAUGAUUUGCUAAAACAACAUUUACUUUUCGGUGACAGAAAUGCAACAUACUUAAGUCCGGACAUGGGAUCAAAUCUCUAUUCCCUGACACAAAAUACGAUAGAGAAGAGAACAAUUAUCGAGCACAUUGGUGGCAGCCAAAACCUCUGGAUUGGUCUAACCGACGAGGCAGUAGAGGGCCAAUUUGUGUGGGACUUGGACCAGUCCAUAUUAACCACUGAACAUAGAAAAAUUCUCUUUCCAUAUACCCAGUCAAUGAACCCAAUACAAUUUACCCAGUAUAAAGCUGUUGAUGACACAAACGUGACCAUGCUGCCCAUCAAUGUAGAGUUUGACCAAGUCAGUCUUUUGUCCUGCGCCCAUCUUUGUUCAAGUUCCAACAAAACGUGCUACAGCUACAUUUACAACAAUAUCACAAGACUUUGUAGUUUGGGUUCCUGGCUAGUCCCACUGAAAGCUUCACAAAAAAAAGUUGAGGGAAAAAUUUUCUCUAGUGGAAAGUUCUGUAACACAACCAGAAACAUCACGGUCCUGUCUGAUGGUUCCAUCUCAGAUACAGACCGGCUGUUUUGCCAGAGCGAGAUCCGACCUUUGGUGACCCUUAGCUCUGGACUUCAGGUCAUGUGUGACACAGUGACAGACGGUGGAGGAUGGACCAUUUUCCAAAGACGUGUUUCUGGGACUGUAGAUUUUUACAGGAACUGGACGGAAUACAAAAAUGGGUUUGGUGAUUUUAGUUUAGGUAAUUUUUACCUGGGCAAUGAGAACAUUUAUCUCUUAACAUCAAACCGUCAAACAGAACUGAGAGUGGAUAUGAUCUUCAAUGAAAAAAAAUAUUUCGCAAAAUAUUCCAGCUUCAACAUUUCUAGCGAGUCAGACGGCUACAGGCUACAUGUUGGUGGCUUUACAGGAGAUGCCAUGGAAAGACUAUCUUACCACAAUGGUAUGAUGUUUACAACAUUUGACCGGGAUAACGACGUAUUUAAUACUAAUAACUGUGCAUUAACCUCUAAAGGAGCCUGGUGGUUUCGAGACUGCUUAAGCUGUCAUCUAAACGCUGUUUGGGGUACAGCUAAUUUGUACUGGAAUCCCAAUUCUAUCGCAACAUUCAGUGAAAUGAAAUUUAGACCAAUUUAACAUCAUUAUGAUCUUCAAAUUUUCAUUUCAUGUAUUUAUU